CUGCUGGUUCUAACUUCUAACACCGGUCGUCGUCAUUCAUAUUCACUGCUUCACCGGUUCACCGCCGGCGGCGGAAAAAAUGGCCGUCAUUUCAUCGAACUUUCUUUCUACAAUGCCGAAAUUACUCAAUCUAAACAGAGAGAUCGAUUCUUCUGUUCAUUUCACUACCUUUAAUAGAUCUCUAUUUCCAUCGCGAAGCCUGAAAACUAUAGUACCCAAGACUUCAGAAUCGUCCUUCUCCACCGCGACAACGGCUCCUGUAAUCGACGAUACAAUACCGAGAGAAGAAUCAACGAGCGUCGAUGCCCUUAAACGCUUCAUAGACCUCAGUCUAGGCAACUGGACCGGUUCUUUCUACCAAUUUGAUGGGGAGGGUAAUUUGUUGCAUAAAGUUAGCACGAAGCUGGCUGCUGGUUCAUAUGGAGAAGAUGAACUCAUCAGUUUAAUUCAGACAUUGUACAUCAAUCAAGCAUCAACAAACACUACGGUUUCUGGUGAAAUAGAGGAGCCUGAGUGGGCGGAGUACAAAAUUAAAGAGACAAAUAUGUUUACUGUAGACAAAUAUCAGCAGAUUGGUUUUUUCCCAAAUGAAAAAGCCUUUGCUCUAAGGUACCAGACUGCUGGCAUGUUGGAGAAUGUAUUAAGACAAGGAGUGUUAGGUGAAGAUGACACUGGAGAAGAGUCACCCAAAAACCUAAAGCUACCAUCUCGUCGCCCUUCUAUUGUAUGUGAGAACUGCCUUUAUUCUUUAGAGAAAGAUAUGCGUGUGAGAGCAUUCCAUAUCAUGGACCCGAAAGGCUUCCUAGAAAUGCUCAUCAUCUUCUUCGAAGAGAGAGGAGUGAAUAUUCAUCCUUCCUUUGAUGUGUCUCAAUCCGACAGGAUUACCUCUCAUAUUGGUAAGUGGAAAGGGCAUUCCAUCACGAAACGCAGUGGUGUUUAUGGAGCCACAAUUAAGGAGGUUGAUACAGUUGCAGUGCUCGAGUUUAGUGAAGAUGGAAAGCUAGUCCAGGAUACUACCUUUACAACAAAAGGAAGUGAUGUUACAUCGAAUGUUCAUUGGACGGGUACCAUGUCUAAGAACUUGGUGACGUUCGAUGGUGGUUUCCAGAUAACAUUGUUGCCGGGUGGUGUGUACAUGGCAUGUCCUUCUGACAUAAAAAAAAGUGUGGCUGAAUUCAAGUCGUUUCAUUUGGAGUUAUGUUGGCUCGAAUCACCUGACAAGAGACAGAGAUUGAUUCGCACCUACGACGCUGAAGGUUUAGCUGUCUCAUCCACUUAUAUCUUUGAGACCAAAUCAUAAAAUUCUAUGUAGUAAUAGUAAUGACAUAUCUAGCGGAUUUUAUAUUAUUUUAAAGUAUAUUAAGAUUAUGAAUUGUUAUUUCCUGAAA